AUGUAAAUACGCUAAGUGUUUAUAUUCAUAUUAUUUAUUAUAUUCUUUAAAUAAUUUUUAAUACUGAAAAGGAAUUUUUAAUUUAUUAUUGUUGUUGUCAAAACUCAAAGUAAUUCUUUGUUAUUCCCCAAAGUUAACACAUUUUAGAUUCUAAGAAAUAAUAUGAAUGAAAAAUCUUCAUUAUGUGAUAGUACAUAUGGCAAUCCUUCGAAUUCUCAUAUUUCAGCAUUUUGGAUAUCUAUAAAGUAGAAUACUGCAAUAAUAGUUGAUGAGGAUGAAGAUAAGAAAAAGAAAGAGAAUAGAAUAAAAUAAAAAGGAAUAGUUAUUCUAUGUCUUAUGAUAAGAAUAUAAUUAAAUAAUUAUAAAAAAGAAUACAAUACUAUAGAAGAUGAUAGAAAAUCUAAUCCUAAUGUAUUUUUUAGUUAGAGAGUGAUGGGAGAUGGAUACUUGAAUGGAAUUCCUAAACCUUAUAAUAUUGAUGAAAAAAUAAAGAUUAAGAAAAUUAAUGAAAGAAAAAAUGAGAAACUAAAUAUAGCAGCAAAUAAUAGAAACCUUUUGUUGAUUGAUAAAAAAGUGUAUUUAUAUUGAUUAUAAGACUUUAGAUUAAAUUUGGUGGUUUCAUGCAAGCUUAAGAAUUUAAUUAAUCUUAGGGUUAAUUUAAUCCAGUUGCUUUAGGUUUACCAUUGUCAUAGAAAUCAAAUUGUUAUAAUACAAAUCAAUAAGAAAGAUUGUUAUAAAUAGAGAAUAACGAUAGAUUUCAGACAUAGGGUUAUGAGUAAAUAGGAUAAAAGAAUUAUAAAAUUUUCUGAAGAUUAGGAAGAUAUUCUACCUAGUAGAAUUUAAGAUCAAAAUAUAUUUGAAUUGAUAUUUGGAGAUGAUGAUGAAGAGGAAGAUUAAUAGUGA